CAUACAUGUUGCUCUUCUGACAGUGUGUUUUGUCAUCGUCCCGGGAUUCUUCUUGUAUCUGGACAACCAGGUUUGCUGGGGACAUUAUACUCUAUGGAAUAAAUCAUGCCUCACAGAAAAAAGAAGCCCUUCAUAGAAAAGAAGAAAGCAGUAACUUUCCAUCUGGUCCACAGAAGUCAGAGGGAUCCACUAGCUGCUGAUGAAACUGCUCCUCAGAGAGUCCUACUACCUGCAGAUAAGGUAGAUGCAGAAAAAAGAAGAGACGAACAAAGGAAAUUUGGUGUUUUCUUUGAUGAUGACUACAAUUACUUGCAGCACCUUAAAAAUGUAGGCCCUGCUGAACUUGUUCCUUCUGAUACAGGACGAUCACAAAGUAGGAUUAUUGUGACUCAUGAUGGGAAGGUAGAGGACGAAGUGGAACAUAUCUCGCCCCCAACAUUAAAUUUACCUUCUUCGGUGUUUGCUUCAGAGUUUGAGGAGGAUGUAGGCUUAUUGAACAAAGCUGCACCUGUUCGAGGUCUUUGUCUGGACUUGGAUCCUGAUGUUGUGGCAGCACUAGAUGAUGAUUUUGACUUCAGUGAUCCUGAAAACCAGUUGGAUGAUGACUUCAUAAUAAAGGCCAAUGAUCCUAGCACUGAGGCUCAAAGAAAUCAAUAUGAUGGGGAUGAUGAUGAAUGGGAAGAUGUUGACGACGACGAUGAGGAGGAGGAUGGUGAUGAGAGCCAAGAUGAUGAAUUUGACUCCGAUGGCCCUCUGUCUGAUGAUGAGAGCAGAGGCGAGGGUGGCCCCAUGAAAGAGUUUCUGUUCAUGCAGGAAGAGACUAAGAGUCGCUUCUCACAAUAUUCUAUAUCUUCCUCUGUUAUGAGAAGAAAUGACCAGCUCACCCUUCUGGAUGAACGCUUUGAAAAGUUUUAUGAGCAGUUUGAUGAGGAUGAGAUUGGUGCCUUGGAUAAUGCAGAAUUAGAAGGAUUCAUUCAGGCGAAUAGUGCUAGACUUCAAGAUGUUGUAGAUGACUACUUCAAGCAGAAGGCAAAAGAAUGUGUCAAGUUAAAAGAUUUGAAACCCACAAAAGGUUUGGAUUUGAUUGAAGAAGAUGAAGAAGAAAAAGAAGAAAUGGAAACUAUAGUUAUAGAAGCGCCUACUGAAAAGUGGGACUGUGAAUCAAUACUCAGCACAUAUUCAAACUUAUAUAAUCAUCCUCAGAUAAUCAAAGACCCACCAAAGACUAAGCCAAUUAAGGUAUCUGCCAAAACUGGCAUUCCACUGGGUGUUCUGCCUGGAAAGGGGCUUACAGCCAAACAAGUGGAGCGCAUGGAAAGGAUUAAUGAUGGAGAUUUGCCCAGAGUUUCUACACAGCAACGUUCUAAAGAUGAAUCCGCUGAAGAAAGGAAGGCCAGGAAACAAGCUAUAAAAGAAGAAAGAAAGGACCGAAGAAUGGAGAAGAAAUCCAAUAAACUUGCUUUCAAAGUAGAAAAGAGCAGACAGGAAAAGGAACAGCUGAACUUGAGACAAAAUCUUCAAGGACUUAAGCUAUCUUAAUUAUUGCACAUCUGGCCUAAAGACUGAGUUCCUGCUGUCAUACUUGCUGCUGCAGCAAGAAACUCAUAUGCAUUGCGGUGUGUACUACACAUUACUGCAUCAUGGUGCAAAUUACUUUUUAGAAAGUAUCUUUACUUCAAAGGUGUAUCAGAAGUGUGUUGAAAUCUAUUGGAGAAAAACAUUUUUGAUAUUAUAAGAUGCUUAUAUACUGAGAAGGUUGUCAACAGUGAUUUGAACAACAAUAUUUAAUUUGUGGACUGUUUUUCUAUUGACUUAUUAAAUAUUAUUUUGGAUUUCA